AUGAGAUUUCAGCAGUUAGCUCUCCUCGGCUUGGUUGCUCUGGCAGCUUCGGUUCCUCUUUCUGCGAAAGAUAGCCGUGCCAAGCUUGCAUCAGAAGCCUCUCUGUCUCGUAAGAAUGAAUACAGCGAUGUCUCCGCUCGUGCCACUGUCCCUGGCUUCCAGAGCGAGAGAGCCACUAUUGUCCUUCGCGGCGAAGCAGCUGGAAAUGGUACCAGACAUGGCAAAGGUGGCGAGGGUGGCAAGCAGGGCGGAGAAGGCAAAGACGGCAAAGAAGGCGGAAAAGAUGAAGGCGAAGGGGAUAACCAAGAGGAUGACGAGGGUGAUGAUGAUGAGGGCGACGACGAGGAAGGUGAGGAGGGUGGUGAUGGUGAGAAAGGUGGAGAGGGCCACAAGGGUCCACACAGAGGCCAGAACGGCCAGGAAGGCGAACAUGGUAAGGGAGGAGAACAUGGUAAGGGAGGAGAACAUGAUAAGGGAGGAGAACAUGGUCAGGUAGGUGAGCAUGGUAAGGGAGGUGAACACGGUCAGGGAGGCCAGCAGACCCAGCAGGGACAUGAGGGCCAAGGGCCAAAUAGAAGAUGCAACGGGGCUACCACGGCCUCUAAAUGA